UGAGAAUUGAAGUUCAAAUUACAACCAUGUUUGGAUGGAGUCGAAAUCUUGCAGGUUUCAUAGCCUUAAUCGUGAUCCUGGCAUUGAAUUCUGUUCCGGGGGGAUUGGGGAAAGUGGAAAGCCCGACUGGAAAUAGUAAUCAUAAGCUUAAAAAGUGGAGUCACAGUUUCAACAAUGAUGAGAAAAUCAGUGGCGUCGGGGUAAAUUCGACAUUCUCGGAAGAAAUAUCGCCACGAGCAAAUAAUAAGGGUUUUGAAUCAUACCCGUACUACUACAAUGGGCAAAUGUGCACUUAUUCGAGGGGAAAGGUCACAUGCAAAGCAAGAACGAGACGGGACGGGGGCGGCGGAAAAGGAGGAGGAGAUUUGGGAGGUGGUGGUGCAUUAGCUGCUCCGAUUUCUUCCUAUGGGGCACCAUCCGGAUCUGUCGGGCAUGAUUCUGGAGGUGUGGGUGGAUAUGCAGGGGGAGGGGGCAGUUCAGGGGGGUAUGGCGGCGGAACGGGCGGAGGUGGAGGGUCGGCCACAUUUAUGUAUCAAGUUUACCCUUCCAUGGUUAGCAGCACACAUUCUUUGAUCUCAAAAUUCAUUUUCGGGUAA